UUUGAGCAGCGAUUCAAUAUUGACUUGGAAGUGCGCACCAAUUCAUAGUCCAUGAGCAAACAAGGAAGCGAACGAGCUUGGGAAGCGAAGGCGUCUAGCUGGGGAAGAGACAGCGGUGGGGCCUGCCUUGGAUUUGAGGCAGGAAGCCACGCACGCGCCGCGGAGGAAGAGGAAUCACUGCGCUGCGGCUCCGGGUUUGUCCGGCUGUUAACAACAACUUGUUCCCCCUUCGGAAAUAUCCGAGACAGCGGUACCACCGAAACAGUCGCGCGAAAGUGACGCGAAGGUUGCACCAGUGACAGACCUUGCAGGAAACGCCAGCUUGUUGAAGCAGUGGAUCAAUGUAGCGUCGGAAGAUAUCGAUAAGGUCAUGUUCGCACCGAAAAGGCCAACUAGCACUCGCUAAUAAUACUCGAGAAUCUCUCGAGAAUUGUUAUUAGUACAGUAGUGGGGUCGGGUCAAUUGAGAGAUCGUGAAGAAUGGCGGAAGUUCACAUGGGCAUUGCAGAUAGUCGCUAUAUGUUGGCCGAAGUGGAUCGACUGAAGUCUCAAGUGCAAGAACUACGAGCUACCGGUCGCGUUGCUCAGGAAGAACGAGCGCGAACAGCGGAGCUGCUAGCAUCUUUCGUGACAAGAGCUCAGUUGGAUGCUGCAUUAUCCACAAAAAUAUCGCUGGCUCAUGUGGACGCUCAGAUAAACACCAUCAGAUCGGAAAUGGCAGCGCUCUUGGCCCAGAAGGCAGAUCUUUCGUCGCUGGCAACGUUACAAAGCACCAAGCUGGACGUGUCCGUGUUCGAUGCAAAUGCGUGGGACCUGAACAGGCUUCGCGUUACAAUGGAGCAGCACGUCCGAGAUCUUUUUGCAACUUUUGCACGACAAGUGGAAAACCAAGUGAAUACGAAGCUGGGGAUCGAAGAUUUCAAUCGAGUGUUUAAUCCUGAAGCUACGGGUCAGAAGGCAUCGCUGGAGACCGCAGCUUUGCGAUUCUCGAAAAUGACGGACCAGCUUGAAUCCCUCAGCACCUACGUUAAUGGAGACCGCCAGCGUCAACAGCAAGUGGCAGAGCUAAACGUGAAUAUGUUGGACCUCACACGCAAGCAGACAGCGGCUCGUAAUUCCAUUGUGCAACUUGAAAGUGCUGAGCAAGCUUCAACAGCCCAACUUCGAGCCUUGGAUGAGCAAACUACUCAAGCCAUUGCGAACCUCCAAUCUCUAACAGCAACACUAAGUGGACUCCAAACACAGACACAGGCGGACAAGAGCGCCCAAGACGCAAGACAAGUACAGCUCGUCAAUAAUGUUAAGCAAUUGGAGGCACACAGCGAGCAUCUCACAAAGACGCUGAGCGAAUUCGACCAAUUUGCGCGUGCUGGUCUUGUGCAUGCAAUCGAUGCAAAACUCAAGGAUAACAGCGAAAAGCUACAGAAUGAAUUGAGAAAGGUUAGCGCAACGUGCGGGCAGCAGUCUCAACAGCUGAAUCAGCGGAUGAGCAAGGCCAAAGAUCUUUUGAUGUAUCACAAAGAGCGACUUGCACAACUGGAUGCAUGCAUUCGAAAACUGGCUGGCCUCCUGAAGGAUACUCAAGGGGAUCUCAACAAUGUUAAAGGGCCACUUGCAACGCUAGCGACAAAUCUGCAAGAGGAAAAUGUGGCAAUUCUACAGGAGAUAGAGCGAAGUCAGGUAUGGGCUGGAACGAAUUGUUUUGGAUUACAUGUGUCAUAUCACCCUAUUGUGCGUAAUGAUCUACAGAAUGGCACGCGUGAUAUCAUGUUGGACUACAAGGAUCUACUGGAGAGAGAAAAGAACUCUCAAGUGUUUGUACCGCUACCGUCUCGGCCUUCGUCGUCUUCUACCUGCACGAACGAUGCUGCAUCAUCGAGUAGAAAGCACAAGCAGCAAAUGUUACUUGCCACGAAAGCUGCCAACCGACCUCACACGUCAAGCGGACGAGUUCAGGGGUGUAGUACACCCAGUGGCGCCUUGCCUUUAGGAAUUCGACGAUCUGCCGGUGCUAUUCGUAGUACUACUUGUAGAUCACCAUCAUUACCGUGGCGAGCUCAAACGGCCGGAUCAAUACCGCAUGCUCAUUCGAAUUUCAUGGAAUCGCCCACUAGCGAUACCAAGGGUAGUUUGAAAGAGAAAUAUCCUUCUGACGAUCAACAACAAGAAGUACGGAUAGCAACCCCGCUUGGAGGACGAAGGUCUGGCCCACGCGAGUCAAAAGUCAGGAGUGACUGUUUUGGACAGGUUACUGAAAAUGACGACGGAGAAAUAUUCUACUUUCCUCAACCACUUGAGCAAGGAUAGUAUUCCAGGAAGACAUGCAAAAUGUACAUGUACAAGGUUUCCGCUGUG